CCGCCGUGUUGUUUUUGUAUUGUGCAGUUGUGCACUUUUGAUUAAACGCUUUUAAUCAUGGAAUACUAUUAAAUUUCAUGGUAGAAAACGCAGUGCAGUGGAUUUUCCGUUUCUUGAAUAUUCCUUUAGGUUUCUCAAAUAUAGGUUAAAAUUUACAUCGCCGUAUUAGAGGCUCGAUCGUUCUUUUCUUGAGGAGCCACAAAGGAGCAAUCACAUGGUGAUUCAUAGAGUGAUUCACACAUCCUAGCAGCAAAUUUACUGAUUCCUUCAAAUACUUCCAGAGUAUAUUUCAAAAAUGGCAUCGAAGGAUGCAGGUUCUGAUACUGACCGCAAAAAGGAUAAGGACUGGAGCAUAAAAGGAUGGAACUGGGGUGCUUGUAAAUUCAAUGGUCCUAUUCUGACAUUUGAAGUCGACAAGAAACCAUCCUUUGAGAUUCCUCUUGACAAAGUAUCCCAAUGUAUGACUGGAAAAAAUGAAGUCACGAUUGAAUUUCAUCAGAAUGAAGAAGCACCUGUUAGUCUGAUGGAAAUGAGAUUCCACAUUCCUCCUGCAGAGUUGGCUGGUGCAGCUGACCCCGUUGAAGAGUUCCAUGACCAAGUCAUGCAAAAAGCCUCCGUCAUCAGUGUGUCUGGCGAUGCCAUCGCUAUUUUCAGAGAAAUUCCUUGUGUCACGCCACGUGGUCGCUAUGAUAUUAAAAUGUUCCAAACCUUCUUUCAACUCCACGGUAAAACCUUUGAUUAUAAAAUUCCAAUGACAACAGUACAAAGACUGUUCUUAUUACCUCAUAAAGAUGGUCGACAAAAGUUUUUUGUGGUCAGCUUGGAUCCUCCAAUUAAACAAGGUCAAACCCGCUAUCCUUUCAUUGUAUUUACUUUCAACUCUGAUGAUGAAGAAAUCUCUAUAGAGCUCCCUCUCUCAGAAGAAGAACUGAAAGAAAAGUAUGAUGGGAAACUCUCUAAAGAGUUGAGUGGUCAAACUUACGAUGUUCUGGGCUCAAUAAUGAAAGUCAUGACCAAUACGAAGAUCACUGUUCCGGGCAAUUUUAUUGGCGCCUCAGGCACCCCAGCAGUUGGCUGUUCGUACAAAGCUGCGGCAGGGUAUCUGUAUCCAUUGGAGCGCGGUUUCAUGUUCGUCCACAAACCGCCUAUGCAUAUUCGCUUUGAAGAAAUAAGCAGUGUUAAUUUCGCCCGUGGGGCUGGGAGCAUGACCAGGUCUUUUGAUUUUGAAGUAUCUCUCAAAUCUGGUUGGGUUCACACAUUUAGUAGCAUUGAUAAGGGAGAAUAUGGAAAGCUGUUCGACUAUGUAUCCACCAAAAAAUUAGUCGUGAAAGACUCUAGCAAAGGAGCAAAAGUUUCAUACAAAGAAAGUAUGGAUGAUAGCGGAGAUGAAGGUGAGCCAGAUGCAUACUUGGCGCGUGUCAAACGUGAAGCCAAAGAACGCGAUGAUGAUGGUGAUGACGACGAUGAAAGUGAUGAUGAAGAUUUCAAUCCUGGUGAAGAAGGAAGUGAUGUUGCGGAAGAGUAUGACAGUAACCCGAGCACAACCUCUGAUUCUGGUGAUGACUCGGAAACCAAAGAGAAAAAGAAGAAGAAGAAAGAAAAAAAGAAAAAAGAACAGUCAGAAGAUGAUGAAGUCACACCUGACGACGAUGAAGAUGAUGAUGACGACGACAAAAAAUCAAAGAAGAAGAAAGACACAAAGAAAAGGAAGCCUGCCAAGGAAAAGGAGCCGAAAGAAAAGAAAGGGAAAAAACCAGCUGGUAAAAAAGCCUCUACAGAAUCUCCGACUAAGUACAAGAGUAAAGAAAUCAUCGAAGAUGAAGACUCAACGGACAGUGAUUGAAAUAUACUUUUUAUCAACUUUGACUUCCCAAUAUUUCAGGUUUAAAAUGAAAGACAGUGUUUUUAUUUUUAUAUUAUGAUAACUCUGUAAUUAAAGGCUACAGAAUCAUUAGUCAUCUUUUCUGAAAUUCAAGUUAUCUGCGUUUGCGGCAUGUUCAGUGAGAGUUUUGCAAGUGUCUAAAAAUCUAUAGUUAUAUCUCAUGCCAAGUGUGAGGCACAUUUGCCUGUUUUCUAUGGCUAUUGUAAGUUAUAAUAAAAAAAAAACAGCGGAAUUUGUGCAUUGGCAUUAAGUAAGUUGAUAGUGGAAGUAGACUAUCAAGCACAUAAUCAUUCUCUGUUCCUUUCGUUGGCCCAUACUUCAGCCAGAAUGUGAAGACACCAAACUGUGAUCAAAUGUUUUUUCCACCCCUCUCCCAGUAAACUGAAUGGUCUAUUUUGAAAAUAAUUUAUAUCUCCCAACAUGUCAUGUUCCUCAUAGCUCCAAAUGGAACUAGGUAUUACACAACUGGAGAUAAUGUAGAUAUAAAAUACAGAAAUGUUCGUUUUUCCUAAUGCAGCAUUUUGUCUUUAAAUCAGUUUUGAAGUCUACCGCUAUCUCCUCCUAUUUCAUCGAUCAAUGAGUAACCUUUAACCAAAAUUUUUUUAAAAAAACGUUGAUCUAUAAAUUGUAGCUACGAGAGGUCUUGUCUAGAAAGAACAUGAAAAAAAAAAUACCUGUGAAAUUAUUUUUUUGUACUGGUAGUUGUGCUAACGUUCAACUUCACUGUCAUGUAUUGUUUUUUGCUUGUUAUCAUGCCUUAUUGAAUUAUGCUUCCAUGCAUGCUAUCCAAGUACGGGUCGUUUAUUAGCAUGUGUAACAGCAUUUCAUUUAUUCGUGAAAGCAGAUUUAAACUUUAAUUCAUAAGUUAGUCUUGGAAACGAACACUGAAUGUCUUGAAACCUCAGUAUAAAUUUCGUUGUGUUUUUAAUAAAUGUUUUAUCACCUGAUUA